AUGAAUCAGACCCCGGAAGUUAUUAGGGUCAAGCGUAGGCGUGAUGAAGAUUCAUUACAAGCACUACUUUUGGAGGAGAAACGGUCAAAUAAGAAGGGAAAGUAUGUGUUCAAGCUUUCAAAAACCGUGGAUUUUCAGAGUGAGGAAGACACGCCACUGCUGCAGCUAUCUGAGAAUGAUAAAGAUAAAGUGUUUAUAUUAGAGCAGCCCAAGGCUGCUGCUUCGGAAGAGCCCCUUCCGCUGGAGAUUACAGAGAUGUUGGAAAACUACUUAAAGCUGAAUGACAAACAGCCGUCUUCUGGGACUAUAAAAAAGCCACGGAGACGGUAUAGCAACCAGCCUACGGUCACAGAACUUCCUAGUUUGGAUUACGUUUAUGAUAUAUACAUUAGGGAGAUUGUUUCAGAAGACGAAUUUGUAUUCGAUAAGGGUACCGUUGGCUAUAUCCGCAUUGUCGAAGACCUUGGUGCAAGUGUAUUAGAGCCGGAGGAAGUAUCAGACUCCCAGCAGCUUUCAGACGACGAAGACUCCAACGACGAGGAUUACUACCGGAAUGACUACCCUGAAGAUGAGGACGAUGACAGGUCUAUACUGUUUGGCUCCGACAGCGAGAACGACGAACAGAACACCGAUAACUCCGUUCUUGUGCUAGAACAGGAGCUAGAAGAAAUUCAGGACCCAAUGCAGCCAUCUGAGGACUACGAACCUCUAUUCAACACGCUAGCCGCCGAGCCUAACCUUUUAAGUUCGCUUAAUACCACAAACUACGUUGACCUAGAUGUAGAGGCUGAACAAGAUGAAUACAACGAACAAGAAUACUACCAACGCCCUCAAUCCGAUAUAGAAUCAUUUGAGAGACACCAAUUUAGCCCAACAGACGAAGACGACCCAAUUGCUAUUCAUAGGGACAGGGUUAUGAGUAAACUCCAGCGUAUGAUGAACGACCUACACUAA